UUGCGUAUGGUUGCCAAAUUCCGUCUUUGUUGUUGGCCUUUGGAGGUCAACAAAGGACACCAUAGGCCGAGAGAGUGCCGUACGUGUCAGGUCUGUACGUCGGGUAAGGUUGAGGAUGAAUACCAUGUGCUCAUGGAGUGUGAGGCGUAUACUGAGUUGCGUAAUAGGUUUCUGAUUAACGUUGAAGAUACUGAUAUGCGCAAGGUAUUUCUUAAUACCAAUCCGAGGAAAAUCGCUACUUUCCUUACUGAGGUUUUUGAUGAGCGUCAACAGCGUGCUCUGGAGCCUCACGGCUCCCGCUUAGCAUGUAAGCCGGACGCCGUCCUGGGACUUCUUAAUAUCCAACGGAGCCCAGUACCGCUGCCACAUUUCGAGGUCGGAUGCGGAUGUCCAGCGGGAUGUAUGCCCAUGCAGAGGAAGCCCAAGCGGACUGUACGGUACAAGUGCACACUGACACACUGUGCCACUAUGCCUUUUACCUUGAUACGCGCACAAUAUGCGGCGAAGCCUUCUUGUCAGGCGGUGGCCCUACUUUGUAUCCACCACACCACGCUGUAUGCGGCCACGGCAACACGUCAUCACAGCAUUGUUCCUGAUCCACGCAGAAGAUUUUGACUGCCUUCUUGAACUCGAUUUAGUGGAAGCACGGCGGGACCUGAAAGAGGAUGCUCGAAGUAGACGCCACUCACGCAUCCGCACAGACCCGUGCGAAACAACGGGGCUAUACUUUUAGGCGUAACGGAAAGCACAAAAGCAGCAAACACGUGAGGAAACCGAGUUAUACCGCGGAGGAAACCCGCACAUCGGAUAUCUGCAAAACACACAAGCACGCACAUGCCCUCAGCAGCCUUCCCUGCAGUGAUGCUACUCAAUAAUAGGUAAGCGGCCACCGCGCAGCCGCCGUCGCCACACACGUGCGCGGCCGAGGCUGCACAGGUUGCUGCUCCGCAAUGCGUAAAUUAUUGGCAUUGGUUAUUCAGUACUUCAAUCUGCACGACAUACUGCCCUGCUCUGCGCUUUCUGCUCUUUAGACUCUUCUGCUCGUUUGCACUUUCAAUGCG